GAGUAUACGUCCGUCUCAUCUUAGACGCGAAAAAUGCUUGAGCCGCUUGAGAUUGGAAGUGCAAGCAAAACAAACGGAUCCAAGAAUAAAAAGAGUUCAAAUACGUUACGAUCAUACUAGGGAAAACAACAUUUCUUGAGCGCUAAUUGAGAUUAGAUGACAAGAAAACUCGCCGAACAGAUUUAUCAUGGACGAGGUUGCAGAUAAUUUUGCAUGGACUCGCCAGCUCGAGUGUCCACCAACAGUAUACAAUGAAUCAGUGAAGAAAAUAUUAUCCAAAGGAGUACUGGAGCUCCUAUGGGAGGACAUUUCCAAUUCUGCGUUUCCUAUAGCUGAAGCAUGUAAAAUAAGAAAGAACAUUUUACUGUACAAACUGAAGCAUGAAUUGACUGAUUCUGCAAUUUCAUCUGCGAGACAUUUGGAUCAGUUGAAAGUAAAGAAUAAUGUACUGAAACAACAAAUAUCCACACUGGAAGAAGAAUAUGAAGAACAGGAUCAUACUGUCAGACAAAAAAUGCAACGGUUAAAGGACAUAAAAAGCAAGUGUUCACUGAUCAGCAGGAGAAAGGAUUUGCUAAAACUGAAACAUAGUGAAACCAGCAAACAAGUGAAAGAUUGCGAUGAUAUGAGACAAGUAUGCCAGCAUUUAAUGCCAAGCACUUCUAAGGACAUAGAUCAACAGAGAUUGAGGGAAAAUUUGGAUAUAAUAGUAGACCUGCGUUCAGUCACAGAUAAGAAACAAAUAUGGACAAAGGUAUCAAACUCUCUUAGUAGUAUUGAUGUGCACACACUAUGGACACACUUGUAUCAAAUGCUGUCGCAAGAUUUGAACAUAUUAAUGAAAUUGGAAACCAAGAAUGACUUCGACAAUUUAAAUGUAGUAGGCGAAAGUAUAGAUAUUGGUAUUGCAAGAGCAUCUGGUCAAUAUAUAUGCAUGAUAUCAAAACGCAUAUUGUCUAAUACUAAAGUUAACAUGUACCAACAACGUUUAAUGGAAUUUAUAGAUCUAAUAGAGUCGUUAUCCCAUGAAGAUGUGAGCGCGUGGUUAGUUUUAAAGUUGGAGGUAAAAAAAUUAAAAGCCGAACAGGCUUACCUGCAAAACGAAGUUCAGCAAUUGAACAAUAUAAUUCAGGAAAAUUCCUUGCUCAAUCUCGAUAUAGCUCGAUUAACGGCUGAUAUAGAGACGAUUGACGCACAAAUGAACAAAUAUAUAAAGGACAUUCAGCAAUCCAUAGCAAUUUUAAAUUCUACGCCGACGCUCAUAUUUAAAGGAAAAGAGAAGCUACAAUAUGAGUUGCAGAGAAUAGUAGCCUUGCAGGCUGACAAUUACGAUGCAAAUUGUGUGAAUAAUGCGUUGGAUAUCGAAUUAGAUAUGUUUUACAAUAUCUUGGAUCUCAACGCUUUACGAAAAGUAAUGUUGAAGGGAGAUGUGGGACUGUACAGACACGCAGUCUGUGGGCUAGACAAAGCCUCCAUCACGACGGUCAAUCCGCAAUACUCUAGGAUCAAGCCUUACUUCCCGACAAUACAAAUGUCGAUAUAUUCUCUCAUAGAAUGCUAUAAAAACGUAACUGCCAAUAUGGUUUACACGAAGCUAAACAAUUCGACUUCAACGGAGGAGAUUGAGUACACAGAUAAGUUAAUGUCGCCACAAGAAAAAUGUAAUUAUAAUAGUCUGGAAAUGCUGAACCUCGCUAAAAUCGCUUGCGAUCAGACACACGAAGAGAUUAAACACUUUAACGAAGUUCUAAGUGCUUGGACAAAUCAAAACGUACAAGAAGUAAUGGCACUCGACGGAACGACCGUGGACGGCGUGUCUUUUAAGGAUUGGUUGCAGCGUUACAAUUUAUUAUUAUACAUGAUACACACACAUAAAAAUAGCAAAUAAUUCAUAUAUCUAUACUGUAGUCUUUCGCCAUUCAUCUAUAAUAUAUUCUAUGAUAUUAUUCAUGUGUCCAGAAUUUUUGCAUGUAUAUACUAUAUAUUUUUAAAAUUAUUUUUUUAUACGAAUUGUACAAGGGUAAUAAUUUAGAGUACACGGGCAUAGUAAAUAGACUUAUAUUUUUCGCAAAAAUACAUCACGUAAUAUACACGUUAACCAAUUUUGUGAUUAAUAAAUUUUGGUUAUAGUACAACGUAAAAAUGUUUUCGAUGUAAGAGCACUUGGAAUUUUCACAUCGCUGCCUAUCGAGAUUGGCGGCGCACGCCCAUAAUUUGCUUUUGGCACCCCAUCUCGGCGAGCCACUUGCAACAAAACAACUUCAAGUUCUCGGCCGAGUGAGAGAAAAAAAAUGUAUUAAAUCGUCCAUGCAUUUCUUUUUUAUACCAUACGCGCACAUUUAGCAUUUUUCAUCGCUCCAGCGAUUGUAUAUUGAAUGAUAUCUAACAAAAAAUCAGCCGUCAACGGCACUAUGCUUUUCAGCUAAAAUAUUUUCAACGAAAUUCUAAAAUUUUAUGUAGUUAUAGAUAAUCUCUUGCGAAUGCUUACAUAUGGUACACGCAUCAAUUAUUGCAGAUCACACACAUAACAGAUCACGGUCGAAGAGCUUGUUAUCAAUGCAACUCGAGUUAAAUUUUUUUUUAGAAUCAUUUCUCUUCUAUCAUUAAUGGAAAAUUGCACCAAUAAACAUGUUAAAGUAUACUCUUUUGUCGUUUGCGAGAGAUAGAAAAAUGGGUUAAGGACAUUCUCCAUUUGGGAACAAGCUCUUCAAUUACGGUUGUUGCAAUUUAUAUUACUUGAAUUUACAUCACAAGACUCAAGAACGUUCAAAGGAGAAGGGCAGUAAUCGGAACAGGGUCCCGAGAAGUCGAAAAUUCAAGACGCUCUCUUGACUUUUCUUUUUCCUUAUGUACGUAAGCCGCAACUAUAAGGGUCAUGCACCCCAAUGUGCGAUUUUAUACAGCUUCCGUCUCAUAUAUAUGUAUAUAUAUGCACAUGUGGAUUUAUAUAAAUUAGCCCCUGAACUUGGAUCUUUUUUUUUUUUAAUUUUUAAUUGCCUCGAAGUGUGGCACGACCGUCGCACUCCUCGGACUCCUCUUUAGUAGUAUAUAAAACUAGCCUACCUAUGUACAAGACGCUAUGUAUUACAUACAAGACGCGCGCGAAGCGAGCGAGAUAGGUAGCUUAAUGAUUGUCGCGGUUUUAAUCGACUUCAGCUUCGGGAAGAACGUAAAAACCUGACACACAAUACAAUAGUAACUAGUAAACAGUAAUUAAAAGCAGAGGGUUAAACAACAGGCCUUAUCUACAUAUUUUUCUUCGUCUGUAAUUUUACGUCUGAGAAAUAGGCGAAUUAAAAAAAAUUUAUUUCGCGAAAUUAUAAUUUCUGAAUCUUCUUAAUAUAUACUCAAGAUAAUCUAAUUUUGCAAAUAUAUCUACUAAUCUUUUUUAACUCGUUCAUUUUUUUUAUUUUAUUUUAAAUUUUGACAAUCGCAAUCUUAUCCGAUACUGAAUAAUAACAUCGUUCAUUUAAAUCCAUUAAUCCAAAUUUUUUUCGGAAACAGCCCGGCUAUCGAGCGGAAGGAGAUUCGCAAUAUUCAACCCUUUUCAACUGAAGGAGCUAACGAUCACGAACGCGAAAUCCUCGCACGCUUCCCGCGCACGUUAAAUAAUACAACCGAGACAACGAGCAUCCGCGACGAGCAUCGGCACAUCCACAAUGUGGAAAGCGUUGCGACGCCGUGACCGGACGUCGGCGUGGCGGCUGCUGGGCGCGCGAAGGAAAGGGGAUGUCGAGAGUCCCUCUCGCGAAUCGACGUAUGCACGAUCACAGAAGUCGGUUACUGGCAUUUCUAACCGAUGCUUUUGAGCUUUAAGUAUUGAGCAAAAGGCACGCCUAUCUUCAAAAGGCACAUUGGCGCAAUCGUAUCCUUCCUACUCCCGCAUGAAUGUUUGAGGACGGUAUUCAUAGUCGGAUCUUAUAUUUAAGAUCGUCUUAAGUACAGUCAUAAACUACCAAAGAGCCAUAUUAGCAUCUUAAGACAUUACUUAAAAUAAGGAUGGAAUAUGAAUACCGCCCUGAGACUCUUGAACAGUCAAGUCGAUAGUACUUCCGCAAAUCAAUUAGAAUACACUUAUUCAUAGUCCGUUUUUAUUUUAAGAUCAUCUUAGGUAACGUCUUAAUGCUAAUAGAGCACGCUAAUUAUGACAUCUUAAGAUUAUAUUUAAGAUAGUCUCAAAUAUAAUCGACUAUAAAUAUCGGUCACAGAGCAGUAUUGGCAUUUUAAGAGAUUACUUAAGUCGAUCUUGAAAUAAGAACCCACUAUGAAUCACUGAUUCGUUGGAGUGAGCCAAUUUCAAGACUUUCGAUUUUCUAUGUAAUCAUAGAAUGCAGAUUUUCUAUAUAUAUAUAUAUAAUAAUAAAAUAAUAUAAAAUU